AUGAUUCAGUCAAUAUUUGUUCACAACCAAAGCAAUGCAGUGUCUCUCUUCAACAAUGAUAUCCCUUUCUUCUUCAGCACUGGGAGUUCAGAGAUCAAUGUGGAUAACAGCCUCUUCAAUAUGGAUGUAAUGCAUGUCCCAGUAAUGGGAGGUUGGAAGCAGAUCUCAGUUUCCAACUCAGAAGUUCCUCAAGAAAUGGAACCCAAAAGAACUUCAUGCUUGGCCAAGUCUCCGAGCACCAGGAAGACUGCACUGUGUGAUAGAGACGAUGUUAUUAAUAAAUCGUUAUUAAGACUUAUUCGGAAGUUCUUCUCCAGCAAUUACAAAGAAGAGUACUCUUAUAUAAGAUUCAUUAACAAGGAUAAGAGGAAUCUGUACUAUUAUUGUACAUCUUUCCUCUUCGUUUACAAGCUCCUCAAGAACAUCCAAGGAUGCUGAGCCGAGAGGCAGAUCAAGGACUGACUACGAAGAAUGAAGGCUCACGGCUACCAAUAUUUUAAUAAUGAGUUUUUAAGAAAAUCUGGUAUUGAAGUUGAUGAAGAGACUAGAGAGAUGAUCAGAAUUUUGUGAUACCUCAUCAACCAUAAGUCAAUGGCCAGAGCUGAGAAAAUCCUAGGAGUGACCAUUAAUCCAGAAGUUUAUGAAUUUACCCAUCUUUUUAAGAAUUCCUGAUCAGCUUACACACAUAACUUAUUUAAUGAGCUGUGAAACAACGAUUACUUCAUAAGAAUUUUCAGAUUUUUCUAUACCAGCUUCCAGACCUACAAGUGUGAUAAGGAAGACACCAGCUUAGCGGAUAGAAUAAUUAAAAGGAGAGAAAAAGCAAGAAUCUGUACUGAUGAAAAUAUCUUCGUGAAUAACUUGAAGAAAUUCAAACCUGCCAAGGCCAAUCUUUCCAAAUAUUUGACGAAGAUCAACUCUCUCGCUCAAGUUUUUGGGCACCAUAACUAA